GGCCCCGCCCCCAAGACAUACGGCGGGUUGACAGGACGCCUUAAGCUACUUUCAUUAAUUCUGGAAAAGGUGACUUGGACAUCUACCUCUUCCAAUGAGAUUACCUGAGAAUUUGGGGAUUCCUGCUCCAGGUCCCGAAGCUCUUCUAGAGAUAAUGAUAUAUGAGGAACUUCCGGCCUCCGAACGCUGGGGGGCGCUGUGACCUCUCAGUGACCUCUUGGAAACCGGAAUACAAGGCGCAAGCGCAGUCGCGGCUUUUAGCCGGCUUCACACGUGUAAACCUUGUGGGCAAGUUUUUCGACAAAAAUGCCCAAAUUCAAGGUGACACGUGUUGCCAAAAAUCAGGAGAGGCAUGCACCUCUAGCCGAGCAGAUUCUGGCUGGGGACGCAGUGCGCUCGGGGACCCGAGAAAAACGGCGGGGGCGCGGCGUCGAAGAGGAGGAAGAGUAUGUGGGACCCCGGUUGAGCAGACGGAUUUUGCAGCAAGCCCGGCAACAGCAGGAGGAGCUCGAGACUGAACACGGGACUGGAGAUCGGCCAGCAAAACCGCGAGAGCGCGCCACGCGGCUGGGGCCAGGAGUGCCACAGGAUGGAUCGGAUGAGGAAGAUGAAGAAUGGCCUACCCUGGAGAAGGCGGCCAAAAUGACCGGGGUGAACCACCAGGCAGAGGUGGUCGUGGACCCUGAAGAUGAGCGUGCCAUUGAAAUGUUCAUGAACAAGAACCCUCCCGUCAGGCGAACCCUGGCUGACAUCAUCAUGGAGAAACUGACUGAGAAGCAGACAGAGGUGGAGACUGUCAUGUCAGAGGUAUCGGGCUUCCCUAUGCCUCAGCUGGAUCCCCGGGUCCUGGAAGUCUACAGAGGAGUCCGGGAGGUGUUAUGUAAGUAUCGAAGUGGGAAACUGCCCAAGGCUUUUAAGAUCAUCCCUGCACUGUCCAACUGGGAGCAGAUCCUCUAUGUCACUGAGCCUGAAGCCUGGACUGCAGCCUCCAUGUAUCAAGCCACCAGGAUUUUUGCCUCUAAUCUGAAGGAGCGCAUGGCUCAGCGCUUCUACAACCUUGUCCUGCUUCCCCGAGUCCGAGAUGACAUUGCUGAAUACAAACGACUCAACUUUCACCUCUACAUGGCACUCAAGAAGGCCCUGUUCAAGCCUGGGGCCUGGUUCAAAGGAAUCCUGAUCCCACUGUGUGAAUCUGGCACCUGUACUCUCCGAGAAGCCAUCAUCGUGGGCAGUAUCCUCAGCAAGUGCUCCAUACCUGUGCUGCACUCCAGUGCGGCCAUGCUGAAGAUUGCUGAGAUGGAAUACAGCGGUGCCAACAGCAUCUUCCUGCGCCUGCUGCUGGAUAAAAAGUACGCAUUGCCCUACCGGGUGCUCGACGCUCUCGUCUUCCAUUUUCUUGCCUUCCGGACAGAGAAGCGCCAGCUGCCCGUGCUCUGGCACCAGUGCCUGCUGACACUAGCACAGCGCUACAAGGCUGACCUGGCCACAGAGCAGAAGGAGGCCCUCCUGGAACUGCUUCGACUGCAGCCCCACCCACAGCUGUCCCCUGAAAUCAGACGUGAGCUUCAGAGUGCAGUCCCCAGAGACGUGGAAGAUGUUGCUGUCUCCAUGGAAUGAGAACAGUCACCUGUGUUGGUCCAGGGGCCAUGGGAGGACAGCAGGACCCUGGCUGGUGUAGUUAAAAGACAUAGGUCGAGACACUUAAGGGUUGCUAUGGCAUCAGUGGCUCCAGCCCUGGGCAGAGAGGACUGCAUCUGGUGGCUUUCUCUGCCAUUUUAGGCUUUGGUCCCUGUUCACUUCUGGAAGCUAACUGGAGUUACCCCAAUUCAGCACCCCCACAACCCACCUGGCACUUGGUUUAAGGGGUGCUCUCUCCAGAUACUGUAUAAGCACACGGGUGUGGAGAAAACAAAGGCGGUUGGUUGUUUAUUGCAGCUCUUGUGUUUUGGUCCCUGCAGGUCCCUGCCUCCCCUCUAUAGGGAGAAGUGGGAAUCGCUGCUGGCUCUUCCCUGUCCCCUGCUCAGAGGGCGGGUUCUUCCUUUCCACAGAGCCCUCAGCCCACCUUACUCUACAGUUGUGUCUCUAGACUCUUGCUUCCUUUGUUCUUCAAAGGGUGUAAGGGUGUAUGUGUGUGCAUGCACACAUGCGCCCCCAACUCUUAACAUGACAGUCAUGGGUGACUUUAAGGGCACCCGUUUCUGCUGCCAUAUUAGAAAGGUGUCUGUUGGAAAAGUUCGCUGUCAGAGAAGAAUAUAAUGCAGGAGGAGGCCCUUGCUAGGGGACAGCAACACAACAGACUGAGAAGCAAAAUGAGAUUUCCUCCUAGCUUUUUGAGUGACAAGAGCUUUAGGCUGGCUGACAAGCUAGGUCAGAUACCUGUGUCUGCAGAACUAAUGAGCAAAGAGUAGUGUCUGGUUUUGUCUUUUUUGAGACAGUGUUUCCCUGUGUAUCCUUACCUGCCCUGGAACUUGCCCUGUAGACAAGGCUGGCCUUGAACUCAGCAAUCCACUUGCCUGAGAUGGCUCAGCUGUUAAAGGCUAGGCUCACAAUCUUUGUAUUUUUCAAUGGCCUGAGAAAAUUUGUAUGAAAUUUGAGUAGCAGCCAGCCACUGCUAGCUAUACAGUGAAACCCUCUCACCCAAAAUAAGCAACAAAAAACCCUGGCAGACAGUUGUUACCACAGCUGACUAAAUUGAAGUCAUCCUGCUGUAUCAUGUUCACUUUUGAAAAAGUGUGUCUCUAACCCAGUUUGUGUAUGUUUUGAUCCGUUGAAUUCACGUUUGCUUGCUUACACGGUAGUUCAUCUUGGAAACAUUAGGUCAGUGCAGAGAACUGCACCUAGCUGAGCCCAACCAAAUUACUGCCAUUACUCCCAGCUCUCUUUGCAGCACUGAGGAUGGGACCCAGGCCUGCCUCCAUGCUGGGGGAAGUACUCCCAGCCACACCCUAACCCCAUUCAUCCGGUUUUGUGGGUUUGUUUUUGCAAUGCAUUUGUUUAUCAGCAUUGUGCCCGCACAGCAUUAGACCCUAAAACCGGAGUUAAAAAUGGUUGAGUGCUGAGAAUGAAAUCCAGGUUCUCCUCCGGAGUAGCCAGUGCUCAGCUGCUGAGCCACCAUUCUUUGCCAUGUAGUACACAGGUUAGCCUAAAACCUCUCCCUCUGAGUGCUAGGAAAUAUUGCCAUCUUGCAUCAUCAAAAAUACAUCAAAAUGGCUUUAUGCAAAACUGUCCAGUCCUGUUUCCCACGAGCCCUCUGGGUUGUGGCUACUCCUUGGCCCUAUAAUGGGUGCACAGGUAAAGCAGGCCAUGCUGCCUGAGCAUUCCUUACGGACCCUUUCCAGAAAAAGCAGUUUGCCUGAGACUUCGUGGCUCCCAGCUCUACAUGAACCCCAGGGAUCACAGGAGACAGCUUUACUCCGAAAUCUUUAUUAAGGCAGCAUGAUAGAAAUGGGCCACCAGCCCAAACCUUGUGGCCUGAGGAAAGACCUGUGUCCAUAGGGCUUGCCCUCUCUCCAGAUAGCUCAGUCACCUCCACAGCAUCCAUCCCUAGUUAAACCCUCUCCACUGAAGAUGAGGUGGAGGGCUAAGGAGAGGAAGGCAUGACCCCAUCCCAGGCUAUAGCAGCUCCUGGGCCACAAAGCAGUUAGCAGAGGGGAGGGGAGGGAAACAGCAACCGCCAGGGUUACCACCACUUGUGGGGUACAGGCCUCACUGUACCCUCUUACAGUUGUAUUCAAAGCAAUAAAUUAAAAUGACCAUCA